GCUGUCGGUUCCGGAGCAGCAUGGAGCGGAUCCCCCGCCUGGUUCGGCCCAAGGCCCUGACAUGAACAACAACUGGCCCGGAGUGCCCGCCACCGCUUACCCGGAGGAACCAGACAACGACUGGACGUCAGAGGAUGGUUUUCUGAGUUCAGGAUUUCAGUGUCGUUUUUGAAGGUACUGAAGCAUCUGCUACCCAAUGCUCUGGUGAAUGUAUCAUGUGGACUUUCCUGGCCUCACAUGAGACUGGAGUUCUUCACUAAAGAUGGACGAUUUCGCUUUACUUGACCUGUUGGAAUGUCCUGUGUGCUUUGAAAAGCUAGAUGUCACGGCCAAAGUGCUACCAUGCCAGCAUACCUUCUGCAAGCCUUGUCUACAGGGGAUACUGAAAUCCCAAAAUGAGCUGAGGUGCCCGGAGUGCAGAACUCUAGUCUUCUGCAGUAUUGAAGAGUUACCAUCCAACUUGCUUCUAAUUCGCUUACUGGACGGUGUCAGAUAUGGACAAAAUGUUAUGAGGUUUGGCUCAGUCCAAAGAUCUCGGGUCCUGACCUCUCCUGCCUCAAUCAGGAGAGACAGGGGAGAUCCAAGAGGUUUACAACUUAAUCAGUACAGGCUGGCACCAAAUCCCAGGAUCCAGAUGGAAGGGGUUCCCCGGGCCAGAGCCCUGUACAGCUACAGAGGACAAAACCCUGGUGAACUGAGGUUCAAUAAAGGGGACAUCAUCAUAUUGCACCAACAGCUGGAUGAAAAAUGGUACCUGGGAGAGAUCAAUGGGGUCAGUGGCGUUUUCCCAACCAGCUCAGUGCAGGUUAUCAAACAACUUCCACUGCCACCACCCUUGUGCAGAGCACUUUACAACUUUGAUCUGAGAGAGAGAGAUAAAAAUGAGAAUAAGGACUGCCUGACAUUUCAUAAGGGUGAUAUCAUCACAGUGAUUAGCCGAGUUGAUGAGAACUGGGCAGAGGGCAAGUUAGGUGAUAAAAUAGGGAUCUUCCCCAUCUUGUUUGUGGAGCCAAACAUGACUGCAAGACAACUCCUACAGACAAAGAAAAGCCAUCGAUCCUCCCCGUUUAAAUAUUCAUCACCCUUAAGGACAGCCUCUCCCAGAGCGAAAGGCACAGAGUCACCAACCUUCCGCAAGGUGUCAGAAUCUAGGAGGAAGAGCCUGAGACCAUUCUCUAUCACGAGCGCCUUGAAUUCACUCAACAGGAUGGUCCACUCACCCACAGAGCGGCAGACACUGGAAAUCAGCUCACCAGUGCUCAUCAGCUCCAGUAAUCCGACUGUGGCAACCCAGAGCAGUGAGAAAGUAGAAUUCCCAUAUGGCACCCCUGUCCAGGUCAGCGCUUCUUAUUAUACUGCACCAGGAUCCCUGGGGCACUCAACUGCCAUCGUCACCCUUCCCCAUCUUCAGCAACACAUAUCAGCUAACAUGUGCGUCGCUCUACACUCCUACUCUGCUCAUGGACCGGAGGAGCUGGAUUUGCAGAAGGGAGAAGGUGUUCGUGUUUUCGGGAAGUACCAUGAAGGCUGGCUCAGGGGGAUGUCGUUGGUCACUGGAAGAGUUGGGAUCUUCCCCAGUAACUAUGUCGUCCCCCUUUUCAGGAAGUCACCCAAUUUCUCUGAAUCCAGGAUGCCUUCCCUGUAUGCCACUUGGACGUUAUCCACUGCCUCACUCUCCUCCCAGGGGAGCAUCUCAGAGAAUGGCCCAAGGCAAAGCAGGCCUUUGAAAUCGGCCUUCACGCCCACUGUGCUGAACUCGCCACAGAGAAACGUAGCUGUGCCGGCCACCUCAGGACAAACGUCACUGAGGCGAGGACGUGGCAGUACUAGGAAGAAUGGAUCAUUGCAGAGACCUGUGCAGCCCGGAGCUCUCACUCAGGCUGUCGGUUCCCUCAGUCGCGCUCCAGCUACCACGGUGCGGCCCCAGCAACUUCAGCUUUACCAGCAUGUCUCCUCUCAGCCCCAUGGCACCCCUGGCAUGGUGGACCCAGGAGCCAGGCCAAGUGCCUCCCACGAUGCUUCAUUGCUGCUUGUGCCCAGAGCGGGUGAAAGCAGAUCUCCUUCUGUAUGUAGCUCAGUGAUCCUGGAUGCCAAAGAAUCCCCAGCAAAAAGCGAACCAGCUCCAAAGCCACCUCCAUCAGCUCCGCCCUCCAUCCUGGUGAAACCAGAUACCUCCCGGAACAGCAACGAAAAGCAAGUGAAAACAGUGAGAUUUCAGAACUACAGCCCGCCUCCGUCCAAGCGACACAGCUCACAGCCAUCACCAAACCAUCCAGGUGGCAAAACUGAGCAGGGCGCAGCCACAGAGGCAGCCCAGCCAGAAGCAAACACCCUGGGCCCUGACAUGACAGCUCUCUAUUCACACCGAGUCAGCUCCAGCCCAGUGCAUCCGAGGAGGACGCUGCACCCAAAGACAUCAUCGCUGGAUCUUUCUGCCCAGGCGGGGCAACUGACCUUCCCUACCAAAAAGAACUACAGCAGCAUUUCUGAGAACUGA